AUGCCUAUUCAAGGGAGAGAAGUCCUGCAGGACGUUGAAAAGUUCUUCGAGAGCAGUGAAGUUGACACGUAUUUUAUGUGCGGAUUGUAUAUACUGUUGGGUAAGCCGUGUUUCAGUCUGACAGAAGCAGUGCAUGUCAAAUAGAAAAAGCAUUAGCUUUAGGCCCAGUCUCUUUUGACAAAGCUGAAAACUUCCCGACUGACUGAUACAAUGACGGGCCUGAUUUAGUGGCAAAAAACGUACCAUUUUGCAUCCGGUUAGUAUCAAAAAAAAAGUGGCCAAAUGGCUCCCUCUUCAACAAAAAAACUCCAUUUUGAAGGGCGCCCUUUCCCUCACAAAAAGAGCGGGUGCGCUUUUGAAAUCGGAGUCUUUUCGCUUGGAGAUGGAGGUAUUUUGCCACAUUUUUGAUAUUUCCCAGAUGCAAAAUGGUACGUUUUUUGCCACUGGUCAGGUCCGUCACAUAGUAUUUGUCACAUAUCGAGCACAUCUCUUGCCAAAACUGUCUUCUAUUCCAGGAGUUAUCGCAAUUUUCGCCAAUCUUCUCAACGUUUUGUUCUACCUCUAUCAGCCGGAUAUACGAAAAAGCCACGCUUAUAUAAUCGCGGUCGACUUUGGCGAAAUGAUCAAUGGACUUUCUUACAUUCUCACUGGUAUUGGUCGAGGCGCCGCCUUGAUCCAAGGACGAUAUUUGCAGCCAAUCUCCGUCAACGAUUGCUUUUUUACCACCUAUUGGCCGGCUUUUUUAAUAAUUGGCCCCGAAACCACAGCACUUCUGACAAUUUUGGUGUCUUUUGAGCGGAUUGUUGCUGUCAAUUUACCUCAUAAAUACGACACUUUAUUUCACGAAGAACGAAAAUACCUAUGGUUUAUAGUGGUGGCUAUGGUACAAAUGGUAAGCAAUUUUCUUGAGUAACCUUUUUAUUCAAAAAUUGCCAAAAUAAGGAUUUCCUUCGUUUUUAGGGUUUUCUAACCAUGGCCGCAUUUUCUGCAUACCGCGACCAAACACUAUUUUCUGAUCGGCAUUGCGCAAUUAUCAGCUCAACAUCGGACUUUUUCUCAACGUUUCACUUUGCUUUUUUGGUUCUCUCCUAUGUCGUCAGUUUUGUUUCACUUUUCAUCGUUUAUAACUUUCAAAACGUAAGUCCCUUCAAACCGAUAAAAAGGAGAUCCAAGUGAGUCCAGAUUUGGUAUCAAAAAGUGUAGCCGACAUGUAAAAAGCAUUGUUUGUAUUUUCAAAGGACAGGUUAUUAUUUUUUGGUUAUGGUUCUCUUCUCAAAAUAAAAUGCCCUUUCUGUCUCCACGAUCCUUUCAGAUACAGUGACGGGCAUGAUCCAGUGGCAGAAAACGUACCAUUUUGCAUCCGGGAAGCAUCAAAAAAUGUAGCAAAAUACCUCCCUCUCCAAGUGAAAAACCUCCGAUUUUUUGGUGAGGGAAAGGGCGCGCCUUCAAAACGGAGAUUUCUUCGUUGAAGAGGGAGGCAUUGUGCUACAUUUUUCGAUACUUCCCGGAUGCAUAAUGGUACGUUUUUUGCUACUCGAUCAGGUCCGUCACUCCACCCAAUCUGGCCUAACUUUCGCCUCCUUUUUUGACAACGCCUAUUGGCUUUAAAGAUUUGCAUGAUCAUCCCUUUCCAGAACAAAGUCGUCUCAAUAGUAGACACCCGUACAAGUCGCGCCCCCAAAAUCUACGUCUUUCUCCUGAUGACUGGAGUCGACGUGAUUGUUGUCUCAUUCCCUAGUAUUCUCAUGCUGGGGACAAAUUAUAAGUACUGGUAUCCGAACGACGUUGUCGUUGGACUAGCUACUUCAACUUUUGGGUAAGCCAUUCUAGCUAUGCCUUCUUAUCUUCGAACUAUACUCUUGAUAUUUACAUUUUCUAUUUUUUUCCAUUUUCAGUCUCCUCUCGAUAAUCCACAUAAUUUUCAAUAUGAUAUACGACGCAAAGUUCCGCCAACGAUUCGUCAGCUGCUACCACAAAGUCCGCCACAAUUCGACGACGUCGAAACCAACCACUUCUUCAAUCACCUGA